AUGGGUGACGAAGAAGAAGUGGUUGUUACUGAAGAAGAAGAUUUUCACGUCCAGAACCAAGCCCCUUCUCUUCUUUCCUUACCACCGGGAACUCUCUGGGAAACUCAAGUUGUGCCAUACACUCAGAACUUGGGGCCCAGUCUCGGUCACCACGAAGAUUUAUUGAACAGUCGAGUCCAUCACCAAAGAGGGAGUGUCUGUUCUGGGAGUUUAUCCUUAUGUUGUCUCAACUGCCCUCCACAAAGCUGGCAUUCAGGAUUCCCGGAUCUGAUGUCGCCAGCAGUUCCCGGGGGCAGUCCGGCAGCUGCCGUCACGGCCUCCGUAGCGGCAGCGGCGGCGGCUGCAGCCGCUGCUGCUGGCGUGUGCGUGGGUUUGGUGCCGACGGGUAGUGCAGCCACUGCGGUUUCCUGGUCCUCGUGUGGCUCGGAGGCGGGACCCAAGGACGGAGGGGCCCAUCCGAAGGGCAAUCAUCCUCCGAGAAAAGUGCGUCGUAAUAGAACUGUAUUCACCGAACUUCAACUCAUGGGCCUCGAGAGGAGGUUCGACUGCCAAAAAUACCUAUCUACGCCCGACCGGGCAGAACUAGCCAGAGCCUUGGGUCUAACUCAGCUCCAAGUCAAAACAUGGUAUCAAAACAGGCGGAUGAAAUGGAAAAAACAAGUAAUGCAAGGUGGAUGCACAGUUCCUCCAACAAAACCUAAAGGAAGACCUAAAAAGAAUUCAAUCCCAUCUCUGAACGAAGCUCGAACAGCAAAUGAACUGGCCAGUCUUAAAGAUUCGUUCUGAAAUUACAAACAGUUCCAUCAAGCAGUUCCUACGCUUUAUAAAACCGACGUUCCUUAUUACAUAACUAACUAGUUCAUAUUCCUAUAAACUGACACAACUGUUCUCAAACAUCAAGGAUAAAUUAUCUGUAAUGACUCUCACUGUGUUGAGAAACUAUUUUUGGCACAAUUAAUGACCAGACAUGUGAGACGUCUCAGAAAAUUCAUCGAAUGUCGAUAUGAUUAUAAUUUUGUGUGAUGUGAAUGAUAAAGGAAAUAUCAGUUCCUUUUAACUUUCUUUCCGUGAUAUGGAUUUAUUUACAUUGUUCCUACCAAAGACGUCUUUUGAAUUUACUAGAAUAAAAGAACAUUGUACAUUAUUUAUGAUAGAAGUCAAAAGAACAUGCACAGAUCUUGGAAAAUAUUUCACAAAAACUGAAAGAGGAUCUACAAAUAUACCGAAUGGAAAAAUUAAGAUUCAAUCAAUUAAAUUACUUUAUACAUCAAUAUAAAAUAGUCCUUUUUUGUAAAUUAUAAAAGGGGAAUG